CCUCGCGUGUCACUUGCAAACGAAUUAUUGAACUAAACAUACCUGUGUCCCUUUAAGAUACAGAACAGUUCAUAUAGUAAAUAUAAUCUAGGGACCAUCAUACGUUGAAGAUACAGGCUAUAUACCAAACUAGGAUUUAGAUACAUCCAAAAAAUAACGAUGAAGAUUUGUGUUAUCGGAGCUGGAAUUAUUGGUUUAUCUUCUGCCGUUAGAAUUCAAGAUAGAUACCAAAGUGCUGACAUCACAGUUAUAGCUGAUAAGUUUUCACCAAACACCCUGUCAGAUACUUCAGAAGCAGUGUUUGCUGAGUAUAAAGCGGGCAAUACACCAAGUCAUUUACUCGAGAAAUGGUCUGCAGAAACCCUACGCCAUUUAAAAUCUAUGGCUUUGUCUCCCGAAGCUGCUGCCCAUAAAAUCCAACAUAUAUCUGGAUAUUGGGUUGGUAAUGGACGGGAACAGGGAAUCGGUAAUAGAUUGCCAAGUAGACGAUUAACAAAAGAAGAGCUUCAGUUGUUUCCCAAGGCCAGUUGGGGCCAGUUCUUUACGUCAUAUUUUGUGGAACCUACAAUCUACUUACCAUGGUUAAUGAAAAGAUUUACUGGCCGAGGUGGAAAAGUUGUUCAUAAGACAGUAAAAUCAUUGGAGGAAUUAUACCCACACUAUGAUAUGAUCGUCAACUGUUCUGGAUUAGGGUCAUAUCAAUUGGUACAUGAUACCAAUCUCGUACCGCACCGAGGACAAGCUGUCAAGGUUCACGCUCCUUGGAUUAAACACUUUUACCAUCAGAAGAUCGAUGGCGAGAUGACUUAUAUUUUACCAGGAUCAGAAGGUGUUAUUUUAGGAGGAACUUUUCAAAAGGAUAACUGGAAUGAUGAAUGCAACCAGGAAGAUCAAUUUGAACUGAUGAAGAGAUGUUGUGAAAUCAUGCCAAGUUUAAAGGCAGUAACUGCGGAGCAUGUUAAGGUUGGAUUACGCCCAGUGUUAGAUGUUAUGAGAGUAGAGUUGGAACCCCCCUCGGUGCGAACCAAGUGUCGGGUUAUACAUAACUAUGGUCAUGGCGGAGCAGGUAUUACAUUACACUGGGGGUGUGCUCAAACAGUUGUUGAUUUAAUACAAGAUGUGACAAACAAUUUUACAUUACAAUCUAAACUAUAAAGAAAUCAGCUGGGCAAUCUGGAGAUGCUACAUGUGCACCCGGAUUAUGACCAUCGUCUUCUUCCUAUUUUUGUUUUGUAGGGCUACAUAGCCGUUUAAAUAGCUACAACUGUAUUUCAUACCACCGACUGUCUACGUGUUUGACGAUGUGUUUCAUUUCAAAUUUGGCAUAGAAUAUUGUACCUUGAUUAACGAAUUUAACACGGUGUAAUGUACCACGAUUAACGAUUUAACAAUGAAUAAUGUACCUCGUAUUGAACUACGAAUAAUUUACCAUGAUUAAUGAAUUCAUCAAUGAAUAAUGUACCCUGAAUUGAACCAUUAAUAAUUUUCCAUGACAAUGAAUUUAACACAGAAUAAUGUACCCCGAAUUUAACACAGUAUAAUAUACCAUGAUUAAUGAAGUUAACACAGUAUAAUAUACCAUGAUUAAUGAAGUUAACACAGUAUAAUGUACCAUGAUUAAUGAAGUUAACACAGUAUAAUGUACCAUGAUAAUGUACCAAGAUUAAUAAAUUUAACAAUGAA